CUCCCGAAGUCCUUGCCCAGAAACCCUACAGCAAAGCGGUAGACUGCUGGUCCAUUGGAGUGAUUGCCUAUAUACUGCUCUGUGGCUACCCUCCAUUCUAUGACGAAAAUGACUCCAAGCUGUUUGAGCAAAUUCUGAAAGCAGAAUAUGAAUUUGACUCUCCCUAUUGGGACGAUAUCUCUGAAUCUGCGAAAGAUUUUAUUCGGAACCUGAUGGAGAAAGAUCCCAAUAAAAGAUAUACCUGCGAACAGGCUGCCCGUCACCCAUGGAUCGCCGGUGACACAGCCCUCAACAAAAAUAUCCACGAGUCUGUCAGCGCUCAGAUUCGCAAGAAUUUUGCAAAAAGCAAAUGGAGACAAGCUUUUAAUGCCACCGCCGUGGUGAGGCACAUGCGGCGGUUACAUCUUGGCAGCAGUUUGGAUAGUGGCUCCAACAUUAGUGUAUCUAACAAUGUUAGUCUGGCCAACCCGCUCCCAGAUGGUGCAUCCAGAAAAGAGUGUAUUUCCUCAUCUACUCACUGUAGUUUAGCUUCUUCAGCUUCACCCAGUAUUUCUUCUGGAGGAGAGAGGAGGCCCCGACAGACCACGAUAACCACAACCACAAUACACACAACGACCAAGUGAUCCAGGUCAUCUCGCAAUCCCCACACCCAACAAGGAAGAUGUCAGAGAUGGGAGGAAGGACCCCAUCUCAGUGCCCAAACAGGCAGGGAAGGGAACUUUCUCCCAGGUGAUUUCAUCCUGCAUUGUAAACACAUCGAAGCAUUACAAGAAUAGAAGGAUUUAAACAACACACACACACAAAAUAAAUGGCCAUAUUUUAUACUGUGAUACUGAAAAGUUGCGUUCGUCGCAAACGGAAGUGACUUCAGGAGGAUGGAGAGGAGAACACCACCUGGUUCUGGAUCCAGGAAUCCAAAAUGUUCUGACUUAUGUUGGACCUCAAUGAUUUAACUCAGCUCUCAGUGUUAACCUGCUUUGGUUUAUCAUUAACAAAAUAGUUCAACUGGAUUAUUUAGACAUUUUUUUUUCCAUUGUAUUUCUUGUAUUUUCAGCUUUGUUGGGUUUUUUUUUUUUCCUCUUGGUUUUUUUCCCCCCCAGAAUACAAAGAAGGUUGCAUUAAUCUUUCAAAUCAGGAAGGCUUUUGCGGUGUGUUUUAUAUGUACAUAUAUGUACCUAUUUUUCUUAAACUCCCUAACUCUGGACUGCAGACUUGUCUGGGUCUUGCGAUGACGUCGAAAACGAACUGUUUUUGCAUCCUAUUUUGUCAAGAAUAUGGGAACAGGCUCUUGUUUCCUUCCAGUCUCAUGGAAGGGGAAGGUUUCAUAGACUGAAUUUAAGGAUAAGUUUCUGUGUUAAUCACAGAAGUAAUGUUUUAUUCUGUUUGUAUUCGCACCAGACUCAUCUUCACGGGCUCUAAAAUGGGGCUUUCAAAAUUACCUUGUGUGGGUUUUUUUCCCCCUUUUCAAUUGAAUUGAGGAGGGAGGAGGGAAAACCCUAUAAAAACUUUAUUAUGGCCAAAGACCAGCAUAUUCCAUAUAGCAUAAAAAGGGAUAUGGAAGUAUAAAAUGACUGUAGAAAAAGCAAAGAAUGAAACCGUGUGGAGCUAGGGGAGUUCAUAAACACAUCAGAAUAGACAUAUCAGGAAAUCAAUGUACUGUAAACGACUUCAGUGUGAUUCUUUCUACUAAAAUAUGGAAUCAUUUGUUUUUAAAUCGAGUUUCCUAAGCAAAGGAGCUGGACAACCU